ACAGCUUCGUCGAAAGCUUCAGAUGCAACUUUAUAGUUGUCCUCCCUUCGCUGUGCAGAAUACACCCCCGAAUUUCGGUGCGACUCCCUCUGCUGUCUUUCUGGUAUGCGUAGGGAGAAUAUUAGUAUUGAAUAGAGGGCGCUGCUGAGAAACAGAAGCAAAGUUUUUGCGAGUCGUCAGUCGAACGACGUCCGGUAAUUUUGUCGACAUGUCUGGGUUUCCCCUUGCGACUGUUCUUCCUCUUCUUCUCCUUGCCACUGCCGCGUCGUCCACUGAGAGCUACGGUGCUGGUUUUUCCGUACGGAUAACGGAGAAAGGCUUUCAAUAUGCUGCCGAGACACUCAUCCCCGAAGCUGUGAGAGCCGCAAUGAGAGGCUUGCAGAUUCCUUCGGUGAUUCCUGUGGAAAAGUCUGGAUUUGAAGUGCAAAUAAUCAACGCUACAUUGCAGCCACUAGUUAUCCACACAUUGAGCAUCAAACCGCACAGUUCCCCAUCAUCGGUGGAAGUGCAGAUCAAUGUUGACGUACGAGGCUCGACUCACUUUCAUUCGCUUUAUAAAAGAUUUUUUUUGAAUGUGGAGGACCAUGGCCUGAUUGACUUCGCCAUUAAUGAUGUCAGCAUUUCCUUUUCUAAUAACCUGGCACGAGGUCCCGAGGGUGAAUGGCGUCUUGUUCUCAUCAGCCACAAGUCUUCUGUUUCAAGUGUUGACUUCCAGUUCAAGAACGUCUUGCACCCUGACUUGCUGAAAUUUCUCUCCCCUGUGUUGAAGUAUGAGAUCCGGUUGGAAAUUGAGAGCAUUCUCAAGAGCCUUUUCCCGACUUUCGUUGUUCGUGCCAAUGAGGAAAUGGCCACGUACCUGCCUCUUCUCCCCAUCAAGGAUGGCCUGGGACUGAACUUGGGUUUGACAUCAGAUGUUCAGUUUUCGGAUAACUGCUUCAGUAAUAUCCUAAUGAACGGUCUCGUCACGUACAACAACAUCAGCUAUGGGAAAGUGCGCAACUUGAAUGUAGUCAAGCCGCUGUGCAACGAGGAGAUGAUGUCCGGUGUGGUGUCCAUAUCGACGGCUGAGUCUCUGCUCCUCGCCCUCAGCCAGCCGGACGACAAAUUCCACUACAAACUGGAAACGGGUGUCUUUGCUAACAACUCUAUGUUAGCCAUCGUCUUUCCAGAGAUUGAGAAGCACGCGCUUACUGGUGAAUUGCUUGCAAGUGUCAGCUUGUCAAAGGGUGGUGUCACGUUUGGCGACGAUCGCCUAGACCUCUCUCUGACUGGUGAAAUAGAUGUCAUCGCAACCUCACCACAUUCCGAGAAAGAGAUAGUGGCUGCAAGUCUGCUUGUGACUUUCCGUGCUGGUUCUGAUGUCAACUUGGUAAAUCUCUCUAAGCCCGUGAACGGAUCUGUGCAGUCGCUCACUGCAGGCAAUAUUACACUCGAUGUGGAAAGUGUUGAAUUAGUCAGCAGCGCCAUUGGUCCUGUCAAGACCAAUCUGAUACGGGAAAUGCUACGCGGUGCUGCUCUCCAGCACAUGCCCGAUUUAGAAAAGAUUGGCCGUGAGGGAAUCCUUUUGCCAACAGCCGCAUUUGGCACACCCGUGUUCCAUUUGAAAAUUACGCCGGGUCACAUUCGCCUAGCUGUAGACAUGCAGCCACCGAAAACCAUGGACGGCAUCAAACACCUAUUCAAUAAACUCGGGGUCACAAAGUGGCUUAAUGAACUUGUCAAUGAUGCUACUAAACAUGGACUGCCUACAUCACUCGCCGCGAAUAAUGCCCCCGUUCGGUCGGCAGGACAACAUGUACUUUAAAAGCGCUUCCGCUUUUGGCUUUCGACGAUACGCUCCAAGCGCGAAUUUUUCAAACAUCAUUGGCAUGUUGAUAUUUUUUUGCCAGCAACGCGUGAAGUUUUCUAGGUGUAGUUCUCUUAGGGUGCGUUCUUAUAUUCUCUAGCUUCUAGAAGAAGAAGAAAAGAGAAGUCGAAGAAACUGGGAUUACUCAAGAACGGGUCUCGAAGAAUUCGGAGAUAUUUUGCACAUGUCAAGCAAAAUGAAGCGUCAAAGGGGCCGCGAUCUUGAGUGAUGAAUGUAUGUGCGUAUGCGAAAAGGGAAAUGCGUACACUCAUGAUGAACACGUGGCUUUUAGUCGUAGUUCGCAUGCGCUGAUCCCAAACCGCGGGAAUCUCCAAGUUUCAACCACCUCUGAAGCUUGGAGAGCUUGGAGAGCUUUGGAGAGCCUCCUAAAAGUCGGAGAGGAUAUAAGAACAGCUCUCGAACUUUUCGGAGAGUCUCAAACUUUUCCGAGAGGAUUUAAGAACGCACCCUAAGUUUACUGUUUGUGGUUAGCAGUUUGUUUGUGUUGCAAUGUCUGUCAAACUUUUUCUAUGUGUGAUCGUGUGUAGCCUCCGGCCUGCUCUUCAUGACUUCGCACCAAUGAAGCUGUGAGCAUGUUGGUUAUACGUUGGUAUGGCCGCUGAACUUGCUGUGUGCGUGUGUGUGCGUGUACCUCUGGAUCGAGUACCUGCUACUCUUUGAGACCAUUACCGGUAUCUAUAUUUCCUCUGAGCUUUCUGCUUGUGAUUGUACCGAAUCUUGCUCUUGAGGAAUAUUUCAAUUUAACCGCUUCCUUUUUUAACAAGAGGUUGUUGCGACUUCGGCGUAUUUUUUUCUUUUCGCUUAAACCCCAAACCAACCGGUUUCUCAUUCCUCUAGUAUUUCGCUAUCAAUUAUUUAUUAGGAAAUGCUUAUGCUCUAAUUCGUUACCUUUUUUCUUAGACACGCUAAAUGAUCUUGUGGAUUUCACUAAAUUUCGAAGAGAAGUUUAAUGAAAAUAACCACAAUCCAGACUGUCAA